AUGCCCGACAGAGCAACUCGUGAUGAGCACAAGCAACGAAUGUGGAAGCCGGAAGAAGAUCUCAGCCGUGCGAAGAAGAACAUCCAUGACCUACUGAAGGAGAUCAAAAAUACUGAGGAGGAAAUUGAUAAACUCACCGAAUGGAAGGAGAAUAUUCAAGAGCAGAACAAAUGGCUCAAGAGUGCUAUCCGACAGGAAGGAGAAAAUGCAUCGCGGAUCAGGCUAAUGAGUGGGACUCACCGACUACAGAAUUGCCAAAAGUAUAAUGCUGAGCAGGAGCUAAAGUUGAAUGAGCUUAAGCAAAUUAAUAUGGAGUUGGAAGCGUGGAAAAAGGAAUGUGAGGCUUGGAGAGAAGAUAUUGAGGAGGAAUGCCGUCGGAGAGCAGAGUUUGAAGCAGGGAUAAAGAAGGCAAGGCCACAAAGCUAUGAGAACUAG